AUGGACGAAUUAGGUCUUCCUCUGAGAAUGUUUGAGGCGGGUUCAGAACCAUCAGGGCGGAAACGGGUUAAUAACUACUUCAACCUACGGUGGAUUGACAUCAUAAAGAGUGCACUAGAGGAAGAAGACUUGGAAAUGUUGAAUGAGUCGCAGUUCCGGAGAGUUUUGCAGAUGGGUUUGCAUACUUUUUCAGUAAUGUUCCUCCAUUACUGCCUCUCACAUCAGUUGCUAACUGCAAAGGAGUAUGAACUUUGGUGGAUCUUCGUUGGGAAGCCGAUACGCUAUGCCAUACAAGACUUUGCUUUGGUCACCAGACUGAACUGUGGCGACGGCGUUGGGUUAACUGGAGAAGCCGCCGAGAAAGGUAUUGGGCGAGGGAAGGCGUCCGGUAAAGGCAAAUCAUCUAUGUCAACAUGGGAUGAUUUAUUUCGUGGGGAGGAGAAGCCCACACCUGGAUGGAUCAUGGAGCGGCUUGUGAAGGGUAAAAAAUACAAGGAUCGGUUAACCCGUUUGCGGCUUUCGUUGUUGGUAUUGGUGGAAGGGAUUCUGUGUCCAACUUGUGGGACAACAAAAAUCAGACCCGAAAUAGUGAGCAUUCUUGGUGAUCUUGACGCUUUCCUGAAGUAUCCAUGGGGCAGGGAGACAUUUAUACUGACUGUUAGAAGUACAAAAGCAAGAUCUGCUGUUAAUUAUGUGAAGGAUACAAUGGCCAUUCAAGGAUUUACCCAUGCGAUGGUAUUGGUUACUGUGACUGCAUGUCCUUCUAUCAUUAUUAAGACUGGCGGUGCGGAUCCUCUAGCAGAUUCCACCCUGUCGAGCGAAGAAAUUAUCAGCAGGGUUGUUGAUAGAAAGGUGGUGGUCAACAUUGUCUCGGCCAAGACGGUUGAUCAACUGGGACAGGCAUAUGUACGGUCUUUGAUUAGCACAGAUGAAGAGGGUGAGGAUCUUUAUCGUGGGUUGGGAGAUAAGGAAGAUACGAGUGUUGAUACCAUGGUUGCUUUGAUUGACGAUGAUUACCCAUUUGAGCAUAAUACUUGGUCAGGUGGUGUGAAAGCGGAUGAGGUUAAACUGAAGAAGGGUCAUGCACAAACUUCGGAGUCAAGUGAUGAAAAUGUUCCCGAGCCGGUUGAAAAGGAUAACGCUCAUCAUUGUGGCGUAGAGAGUGGUGGUUACCCUGGAGAUCCGAGAGGGAAAUCAUCAGCUAACCCCUCGGGUGCCCCGCAUGGUGGUGAGAGUUUCCAUUUUGAUGUCCAAACAUUACUUAGGCGUGCAGCUGACGCAUACGAGGAGAAGGUUAUUGCAAUGUAUGAGGGCUAUAUUCUGAGUUUGAAGGGCCAUUUUAAUUCUGAAGUGGGAGGCCUUCGAACCGACUUACAAGCAGCUACAUCCGCGAUUGCCCAUUUGGAAAGUAAGGUCACAGGGGAGUUUGAUAAGAUCAAUCAGUUACUGAAGUCUCGGCUUAGAGGUGCGGAUAUGGGACCAACGUAUGGGUUCAGUCCUGAGAGACAUUCGUCACCAUUCCCAGGUCAGAAUGAUGAUUUCAACAAUUCAGAGGUUAAUCCCGAUCGACCCACUACACAUACUGGUGCUCCUGAUGGUAUGGGUACCCAUACAAAGUUCGUUCGAGAUGGAGAGGAUGUUGCAGGAACAGGGACCGCCUCGGUUGGUUUGGGUCAGAAUCUGGAUGAAGGAGAAAGGGGUGGAGGACUAUCUCCGGGUAAACAGACCGACUCAACUGAUAGAGUCGAAUUUAGAGCUGAGACAGGGGGCGAGCAUAGGGGAGAUGCUCACAUUGGACAUGACCCCAUAAACAUGGAGAAUCCCUCGCCUUCGGUAAAUGUCGCAUCCCCUGACAAUGCUGAUGCCGCCAAUCCUCCAUCUCGAGUUGAUGUGGACCAAGUGAAUGUAUCAUCGGAAUGCCGCAUUGAUGACCCAUUGUCUGGCGUCGUUAAUAAAAUUCUAUCAGAAGCCGGCGUUGAUAAAGAUCCACUCCGACCCUCCACUGGCUCUGAAACUGAUGUACCUCAGACAUCAGCAGAUGUCAUUACGGAGAAAGUGGGUCUUGAUGGUGUGCAUGACGAUCGCGGUGAGGCUGCUGUUGGGAAGAAGGGUGAGGAUGUUGAUGAAGAUGAUGUUACAAUUACUAAAGUUCAGGUUGGACGAGGGAACACUGAUGCAGCCGGUGGUCAAGCAGAUGGUGGCAGACGUUUCAGUAGACGUACGCAUACAAGUACCAAACGCUACACUCCUCCUGCACACACCGUCCGUAAGAAAGAGGGAAACAAGAAAGUGCCACGUCAAAUGGAUGAUAAUGCUCCACCUCUUAAACGGGUUAAAAAGGUGUCGGUUGAGCCAAGUAACCCAAAGCCUCGUCCUCAAGAAAAACCCACAUUUAUAGGUGGUUUCUCCCCAUUUACUCCUCCAACCCCAGCUGCAAGAAAGGCAUUUCUGAAGAUAAUGGCAGCGGCAAAAUCAAAUGCACCAUCCCUCGGGUCAGUCAUUUCCAUUGCUUCUUUGGAUGAUGUGUUCAAUUGUACCGGUGUUUGUUCGUAUGAGGCUGUGGAUCGUGUUGUAGGUUGGAUAAGAAAGAGGCGUGACAGCAAUCCAUCUUCAAAAUCUGACUUCAUCCCUCCAACUUUUUUUAUGGAUCUAAUCUGCAGUUAUCCUGCUUUUGAAGCCAUGCAAGAUAAGGCCGCCUUCACUUUUCCGAUGUCUCUGCGCAGUCAGUUCAUGCACCGGCCACAGUGGUUUACGCAAGUAGAUUUUCUCUACACUCUGAUUCUGGUUAAAGACAGACAUUGGGUUGGCAUGAUAGUAGAUUUAGCUAUGUGGGCCAUCUAUGUGGUGGACGCGAACCAGACAUGUCCUCCUAUUUCUGUGGUGAAAGAUGUCGUCAACCCGAUAUCGAUUAUGAUGCCUCACAUGAUAUCGAGGUUCUGUCUAACUUCCCGACCUCGUGAGUUGAAUUACCUUCCGUUCCCCAUAUCUCGCAUAGAUAUACCAGUUCUACUUGAACAUCCAGGGUACGCCGCGGUGGUGGCACUGAUUCUGUUAGAGAUCGCUGCGGUGGGGAAUCCUUUGAUUGAUCUGUCUCUAACUGAAGAGGAGGUUUGUGUUGCAGGGGAGAACUAUGCGAUAUCUACGCUGGGUAUGUUUAAGGUGGUCCCCACUAAUCCUGCAGUUUAG